CGUCGAUGAAGAAAAAUGAGCUCUAAAAACGCCGUAGAAGCUAAAGAGGCAAAUAGAUGAUGAAAAAUAGAGGAUACGAGAUGCUCUUACACACUUAUUAAACGAGUCCUUAAGUUUUUUGGGCCAAAUUACUAUUUUAGGAAGUUGAUUAUCCUUCCAAAUGAGAUUUGAUAAUCUGAUCGCAAAUCCACCCGGACCUGCUCCAUUUUCCCAUCGAUUGACCAGACGCCGGCGACUAACAGAUUCAGCGGCCACCAUCGGCGAAUUUCGUCCUCCAGGGAGGUUCCGACGCCUCAGACUCCAGACCAGUGACGCACAGCAGCGGCGAGGCUGGCCCCUACGACUAUCGUCCACCCUGGCGAUCCUCCUCCCACGGGCGAACUCCGGAGAGCAUGGCUCUAGGCAUGGCGGUCUCUCCGUCGAAGACCCAACUCCGGCGUCCUACUAGCGACCCACAGACCCGACCCACAAAAACAGUGAAGCAUCCGAUGACUUGAUUCACAUAUUGCAAUUCAAUAUUAGUGUUUAAUUACACUCUGCACUCGAAUCUCAACCAAUAUCGCUAUGGCAGUGGAUACAACAUCCAUACUCCACUUUACUCACUCUCUUACUAUUUCUAAUGCUCUUCCACAUCGUUUCCUACACUUUUUGAUUCGAGGUCUUUGGUGUUUAACAACGCAUAAAAGAUUAUUUGCAUCAAAAUUGGCACUGUUGAGGAAUAAAAGAUGCAUGCAACAAAAGGGAAAAUGCUACCAAAGCAUACAUACACAAGAUUGCAUAUACUCGGGGGUUUUUCGAGGUGUGAUACUAGUCUCCCGCCAUAACAAUGUGUGAAUGAUAGGGUAGCAUAUGAGACAAAGUCAAGCUCAUCCCUAACAAUCAUAGCAUAUCAAGUCUAAACCAAAACAAACAACAACCAAUGCGCAUAAAAAAGAUAUUUCCAACCAUGAACUCUUCAUCAAGAAAAAUAAAUCCAAAAAAUCUUUUUGUGUAAGAAAAUGCGCCACAUGGACAAGUGAGGAGGUGAGGGUAAUGGGGAAAUAAAGGAUGAGUGGAGAU